AGAACACGUAUUUCUGGCACUGCUUGCUGCUUGCGCCACGCAAAGACAGACUACUACAGUAGGUCGGAGAAACUACUGUACUGUAGUAGUUGCUCAGGCUUGAGAGGAUCCAAUCUUGGGAUUCAAAGGUGUGUGACAACGCUAUGAUUCUUACCUCAAUUGGGUGAAAUGGCGAGUGGCCACAUCCCAUGACCAACCCCAGAAAGGAUUCGCAUGUCCACUGUCACCACCACAAAACCGAGAACAACGAAUCGACUCUGUCCACGCGACAUGGAAACAAAGAGGAUGGUGGGUGGUUGGAACAUAAACACUAUCCUCCAUUUCACACGACGCCUUACUGGUCUCCUACCGAAUUCAUUGACACCACUUUAUUUGACAUACCCUGUUGGUGGUGGUCCAGGAGGAAUGCAAGCCAGAAAUGUUGUGACACCCAAGACACGUCGGCAAUAUUUAACACAUAAACCAUUAUAUUUGUUGUCUGGUCAGCCACUUUACUGGAAUCCUAACCCAAAUCAACUCUACCAUAUUUGCGACCCAAUAGCUAUGGAUUAUCUAUGGUGGAAAUGCCAGCAGCUGUCAUGACAGCUGUCCUUGUUAUCCGAAGUGGGCGAAUUCCUCAGCCUGGAUCUGAUCAGCAUUCAUUUGAACCCUGAGCCUUGAGCAUCUAUGGCACCACAUGGCUCACUCCUCUUGUGGCUUGCCCUCGAAUCCAUUCCAUCCAUCCUUUCUUGGACCAUGACAGAAGGAACUGUCUCGAAAGGGGUAACUCACGACCAAACGACCAACGGGUAACGGGUAGAAAGGAAAGAUCCGCGAGUGUGGCACCUUUCUACUGGCUAACCGGUGGAAUGAUCGGCCCCUCUCAAGCGAUGCAUCCCUGACAUCCAGACGCCGUGACGCCUGACGCCUCAGCCUUUGGGCUUCCAGGGGCACUUUUCGGCCUCUAGCCUUACUGCCUUGGGGCCUGUCCGGAUGGUACCUGGCUUCCCCCGGCCACUCACACCUCGCCUAAGCCUAAGCCUGACCCCCCCCCCC